UGUUUCAACUAGGUUAUAUCGUUGAAAUAUGAAUUGGCAAACUAAUAAUUUGUGCUAUUAUUUGAGUAAUCUCGCUUCACUCUACUAGCAGCAUUAAAUAAUGCAGAUGCGACUUUGCGAAUAAAUAUUAGUUAACUUUUAAUUAAUAUAGAACUGCCUUACAGUAAAUACUGUCAUAAUUAGUAAAAACCAUUGAUAUUGUAGAAACAAGAUUCGUUUUGCUCGCUGUGUCUAGUAAUCAUUUAGCAUAUUCAUAAAUAUUCUCAGUAUCAAUAUCUACGGCUUUAUGCGUUACUUUUAUGCAAUGUGCAAACGGUGCGUAAUGUCUUACUUUUUAAUUGUUAACGUAAUUAUUUCUGCUCUAACGAUAUAAAGAUGUAUUUCCAUGAAUUUGCAUGAAAUGACUUGAAAAUGCCAUUAUAUUUCAUUUAUAAGUUCUCAUCUUAUUUCUUUCGAGUCAUGUUGUGAUCUCUAGCUUCCUCUCACGAGAUUCCAAAUUAGCUUGCCUGUGGUUAUGGAAAUUAAAUAUUUAGCAGCCUAAUUCGCUCGCUGCAUGGGUAGGGUCAUUAACUUUCAGCGUGUGUAUAUAUAUGUAUAUAUAUAUGUACAAAUAUAUUAUCUAGAGAAAGUGUAAUUCGUGUUUUUGCCUAUUUUAGCAUUAAUACAUGCAAGGGUUUCUUUUAAUACACACAACAGCAUCUGUAUUUUAUAUCGUAGAUCGUACUCUCUAUUAUUUUUAAGUUUCACAUUUUACACAUACAUGGGCAUUAACAUUUUGCACAAAUACGGCGUAUAAACAGUGUUUUUCUUAGGUGAAGAGGCAAGUUCCACGCAUGCGUAGUAACGUGAACGUUCGCGCUUCAGCUGCGUGCACGUUCUGCCGCGAAGUUUGCCGCUUCUGUUCGUCACUGAAAAAAUCAGAAAGUGUUACAGUGAAUGAUAUUAACUUUUUUAUUUAUAUUUAUUAAUUGAAGGAAAGUAAGGUCAAAUUCUUUUUCCGUGCUCGCGAACUUAUCACGUGUGUGUCAAUAUUUAUAUUUCAAGUAUAAAAAGAAUGUUAAAUUGUUUAAAAUUUUUUUUCGCAAGGAUCUCAGAGUAUUUCAAAGUAUUCAUUUUCAUUUUGUUACGAUGGCGUUUUCGAUGAUUCGAUCGGUCAUAUUUAUUUUGUUUAAAAUCGUGUGAAGAGUCCCAGGCUGUCUAUAAAUUACACACUAUAAUUUAUAACUUAUGAAUAGUAGUGCGAAAGAUAAAAUUUGUAAAGAAAUACGGGGAGUAUUGUAAGCAGGUAAAAAGAGUGGAUAGGGUCCGAUAAAUUUCACCUCACGUUGUCCGUCUAAGCACGAGUCUGCCGACGCGAUCACGUGAUUGGUUGCGCAGGUUUCUGGAUGCGCACACUAGUAUCGCGUGGUGGGGCUUGUUCAUCCGUCUGGGAACGCUACACACAAAAUACGUCGCGAUUGAUAACCUAAAAUGCAUGGUACCGACACAAGAUUCGUUGUAUCAGAUGCUUUCUAAUGUUAUUUUACCUUGCGUGUAGAUAUGAAGACGAGCGCAACUGGUAAGGCCUCGACUACACCAGCGAGUCCUCCAAAGGAACCACCUCCGCGCGAUGAACCACACUUGGAACCUGUGAACGGCAUUGUUCAACCGCCGGUCGUCCCACCACCGAAUCGUCCAGGACGUAUCACGAAUCAACUGCAAUUUUUACUGAAGGGUGUUUUGAAACCAGUAUGGAAGCAUCAAUUUGCCUGGCCCUUCCAACAACCUGUAGAUGCAAAGAAGCUCAAUUUACCAGACUACCACAAAAUUAUCGAAAAACCUAUGGACUUGGGCACAAUCAAAAAGAGACUGGAGAAUACCUAUUAUUGGAGUGGGAAAGAAUGUAUUCAGGACUUCAAUACAAUGUUUACCAACUGCUAUGUCUACAACAAGCCUGGAGAAGAUGUUGUAGUCAUGGCGCAAGCCCUAGAAAAAUUAUUUCUCACAAAGGUUGCACAAAUGCCAAAAGAAGAAGUGGAAUUGGAUCCACCAUUGCCGAAAGGACCCAAGGGUAAAAAAGCUGGAAGAGUUAGUGGUUCAGCAGGUGGAGUUGCUGGAGGUACAGGUCGAGGACGACCUGCUUCAAGUGCAGCUGCCGUUACCUCUAGCGUACCUAACAGCCUGGCGCCUUCCGCUACUGCGGCUAGAACAACGGGUGUUAUACCUAUGCCACCGCUUGGUACUCAGGCACCAGUAUCUGUACCUGGAAGUACGAAUACAACCACCAUCGCUCCACCAGCAAGCAUGGGCGUCGCGCCAAUGGCUACUCAUAAUUCUCUGCCUCAACAAGUUGUCCCUCCGACCACAGGUUACCAUGCACAACCAGCGCUAGAUCCACAAGCAGCUUCGGCUGUACUCCCACCUCCCCAAGUUCCCACGGCACCUGCUGUCAUGCCUCCGUCGCAACCUGCCAAACUUAAAAAGGGAGUGAAAAGAAAGGCUGAUACCACGACACCUACAGCAAAUUCAUUUGAACCUAUGUAUGCGCCUAUGGAUUCUAAGAACGCCAAAAUACCUACAAGAAGGGAGUCGGGCAGACAAAUUAAAAAGCCAACGAGGCAAGCAGAAGAUGGUUUAGUGCCAUUCCAUCAGACCAAUAUGCCUCUGAUGGGGGCAAUGGCACAGCAGCCUCAACAUGCUGGUGGCAAAUCAAAGGAAAAAUUGUCAGAAGCCUUAAAGUGUUGUAAUGACAUCUUAAAAGAACUUUUCUCCAAAAAGCAUUCGGGUUACGCCUGGCCGUUCUAUAAACCAGUGGACGCAGAACUUCUAGGCCUUCAUGACUAUCACGAAAUUAUCAAGAAACCUAUGGAUCUUGGCACUGUAAAGUCGAAAAUGGAUAACCGCGAAUACAAAACUGCACAAGAAUUUGCGAGUGAUGUCCGGCUUAUAUUUACCAAUUGCUAUAAAUAUAAUCCUCCAGAUCAUGACGUUGUUUCCAUGGCUAGAAAACUGCAGGAUAUAUUCGAAAUGCGAUAUGCAAAAAUUCCGGAUGAACCUAUGGGAAGCAUGGUAACUAUGAAAGGUACGAGUAGCAGUGCCAGUAGUUCCGGCGAAGAAGAUUCUUCGGAUAGCGAGUCCGAUGGCGAGGAACAACGCACUCAAAAGUUGCUCGCUUUGCAGCAAGAGUUGAAGGCCAUGCAAGAGCAAAUGAGAAAAUUGGUAGAAGAGAGCGGUAAAAAGAAGAGUAAGAAGAAGAAACCUGAGAAGACGAAAUCAAAGCCUAUAAGCAAUAAGAGCCUUGUUGCCAGUCACACUGGUGCCAUGAAAGAACUAAUGAAACCAAGUGGCGGUAUCCCUAAUGUAACAGACAGCGUUGGUGCUAGUAUAGCCAGCGUCGCGAUGGGUGCAGGCGAUCUGAAGAUGCCAGGUGGCAUGGGAAGCGAUCUCCAUCAUUCGGCUAUAGCAGUAGGUCCUAACAAGACCCAUGCGGCAGGAAAUUUAGGUCAUCACCUGCCACCAGCAGCGACGAACGCCAAGCCGAAGGGGAAAGGCCGAGGACCUGGGAAAGCUGCAGCUGCGGCGACUACUGGGACUAAGAGGCCAAAAGCCAAUAGUAGAUCUGCCGGAAACAAAAAGAAGAACGCUAGCAGCCAACCGCCUCCGAUGACAUUUGAUUCGGAGGACGAGGAUAACGCUAAGCCUAUGUCUUAUGACGAGAAGAGACAGCUCAGUUUGGAUAUCAAUAAACUACCAGGUGACAAAUUAGGUCGCGUCGUACACAUAAUACAAUCUCGGGAACCCUCAUUGAGGGAUUCAAAUCCUGAUGAGAUUGAGAUUGACUUCGAGACGUUGAAGCCAUCGACGCUUCGUGAACUGGAGAGCUACGUUGCAUCAUGUUUGAGGAAAAAGCCACACAAAAAAGUCAGCGGUAAGUCUAAGGAUGAACAGAUGGCAGAAAAGAAACAAGAAUUGGAGAAGAGGCUACAAGAUGUGACAGGGCAAUUAGGCAACGUCAAAAAGACUACCAAGAAAGAGGACAGCAAUAAAUCUGUCGAUGUAGUCGGAACUGGUGGUGCAACUGGACCUUCGCGGCUGUCGGCGUCGAGCAGUAGUAGCAGUGACAGUGACUCGAGCAGUAGUUCGCUUUCUUCAAGCUCCAGUGACUCAAGUGACAGCGAAGCAGGGACCUCCAAUCGUCCGCCUAGAAAGAAAACAAAAAAGAAUGCACCGAGUACAGGACCAGCUCCAACAGCUACCACCGUUCCAUCAGCACCUACAUUGAAUCAUACCGGAGCUCUCUUAAUGAAUAGUCAACCACCAACAAAUGCUACGGGACCAAUAGCGAAACCAACUGUAACUCAACCAAGCAAUAUUCCUUCGGAGCAAAGUAAUUAUCAACAUCAAAUCACAGUAGCUGCUGUUACAGUAGCCUCGGGUAUGCCAGUGGUAAGCCAUGCAUCGAUGCCGGCUCAACCAUCGCGACCCACGGCUAUGGCUACAGCUGCCCCUGUAAAAAAGCCAACGCCGCCACCCCCAGCGACGUCCAAUCCGCCGACACCGUCAGUUUCCGUGCCGACUCCACCGCACAGCGUCACACCAACGAAUACGAAUUCCAUGACAGCUUCGCCAGUUGUCUCGCAGCAGCCACCGCAACAGCCACCGACGUCCAUUAGUUCCUUUUCAAGUGCGAAUACACCCGUAUCCAUAGACGGGACGAACUUGAGUCAGCAGUCCGACCUUAUGCAACCAUAUACUACUAUGGCUACGGUGCCUACCACGCAGCCAUCCCUGGAUCCGUCGCUCGCAGUCAAAAAGGAGCCGCAGUUUAUUCAGGCGUCUCACACGACCAAUAAUACCAACAAUAACAACACCAAUUUGAAUUUAUUACCAGAUGUGAAACCUGUGAACAUGAUGCAGACGAAUAUGGCUUCUAAUCUGAAUCUGGGAAACGUCAAUAUGGCGAAUUUGAACAUGAGUUUGUCGCAAGGACUCACGGCGCAUAUGCCCAUGCACAAUCAAUUGGAGAACAUAAUCAAUACCACCGCGCCGUUGACCAGCAUACAGAACUCCCACAACGUCACGAUGUCGCAGCAGCAUUCCAAUGGGUUCCCGAAUAUAAAGCGCGAAACCUCGCCGCCCAGUAUGCUGAACAACAAUGGUAUUCCAGGAAUGAACAUGGGAAUCAAUAUGGUGGGUAGUGUGGCGUCGAUAUUCGAGUCCAUUCCUAUGGUGGGAAGCAUCCCGAUGCAAAUUUCGCAGAUCCCCAUUAAAAAGGAAGAGAAGCCCAUGUCUAUUGCUCAGUCUCAGCUGACGCAAAAAACUAUGGAUGCAGGAGCUCUUUUUGCAGAAAUGAACACCCUAGGAAUGCCACCAAUAGGUAAUAAUCACGCCAGUGCUCAACUCAUGCCUGAAAAGAAAAUGACUCCACCCGAUUCGAAGAAUCCUACCGCAACCUUUGCGACAGCCUUCAAAACUAAGUUUGAGGAAAAAUUCAAUGAAAGAUACAAAAAAGAAAAAUUGAGAUCAGUUCAGUGUCAGAGAUACAGGUACAUUUUGCGUAAACAGACUGUAGAGCAGAAUGUGAAAAAUGCAUCAUCCUGGUCUUCCUUGGCGCAAGCAUCCAGUCCGCAAUCGUCGGCUGCAGGUAGCAGUAUGAAGAGUGCUGCAACUCGAGAUUCGUUCCAGCUAUUCAAGAAAGCAGCUAAAGAAAAGCAGGACAGAAUUAAACAGCAAAGGGCCCUUCUGGAACAACAGGAGAUGCGUAGGCAACAGCAGCAGAAGGAGCAGGCCGAGCGAGAGAGAUUACGGCAGGAGAACGAGAGGAAAAGAGAACGGGAGGAGGAGGAUGCUAUGGACAAGGCUAGGAAAAACGUUGGAGAUCCACAAGGCAACUCCAUGACCGCCACGACGAGGACGGAAGAAGUGAGAGCCAUUGCAGACACGGAUAGCAGUAGUCCGAGUCAUUCGUCCAGUCAGGACAGGUCAGCCGCAGAGAGAGAACGUCAGAGGCUACGGGAACAAGAGCGACGACGGCGCGAGGCGAUGGCUGGCCAGAUUGAUAUGAACAUGCAAAGUGACUUGAUGGCUGCGUUUGAAGAAUCUUUAUAAUGUUAUUAUUUGCUGUUCUUAAUAAGUCUAUUGAAAGCUGUCGUCGCUUGGAUACAUCAGAAUUUUAUAUUGGACAAUUGGGUAGUGCAGAUUUGUUGUAACAUAUAAAUAUGCAUAAUAAGCACGUGUAAAAAUGAUACCGGACGUUUCGAUAAAAUAAUUUGACAAACGCAAGACGACAUUGGCAAUCGAUAUUGCGGAUUGGUACAAACGGUUGUUGCAGUUGGGACAUUCCAACAAAAAACCUGAACGCGAUCGUCCGGCGAGCUAAUCCUCGUAAUAAUCCUCGUCAUUUGUAACCGUUAGCUACAUAGCACAACGGUAACUAUACAUGUUCUCACUUAUAUUGAUAAUAUUUGUUUUUGUCUUCAAAUUUACAUAAAGUACGAAUUUGUAAGACCGGAAAAAUGUAACGUAAGUUAGUAUAGAAUUUUCGAAAUAUUAUGUAAAUAUUUUUUUUGUUUAGCUAUGUAGCUAAAGGUUAUGAAUGACGAGGAUUAUUAUGCAUCGAUGAUUUUUGUGUAAUAUCGAAGAAGACACUUAACUGUGACCCCAAAAACAAAAAAAAAUUAUACUAUUUCAUAAAUUCUAUACUAAUUUACGUUACAUUUUUCCGAUUUUCAUAAGUUUGUACUUUAUGUAAAUUUGAAAGCAAAAGCAAAUACUAUAAAUAUAAGUGAGAACAUGUGACUAUCAAGUGUGUUCGAUUAGAAUGUGUGUAUAUGUAUGUAUACAAUUGCGUGCAUGCAAGGCGUGUUAAGACAGAUGUAAGGAUCAGUGUAUAUUUAGUUAAGUUUUAUAUUUUUCCAUAUUAGGCCACAGUUAAUAGGAUUAUAAUAGAUACAGUGUUUCUGCCAAUAUUAUAAAUGUAUAUAUAUAUAUAAUAAUUGGCUAAUAUUAAUAAUUUUCUCGCGAAGUUCAUUCUUGAUUAUAGAUAAACCCUGUCCCUAAUCAUCUAAAUCACGUGACUUCUAAUCAACAUUCUUGAUUAUAAAUACACACUAUUCCUAAUUACGGAGAGAAGAACUAGGCUUUUUAAGUAAAUAACGUGUAAAAAUAUAAUCUAACGCGAUUAUCCCAAUAACUUGAUGAAUUUCAUAACGAUCAUUGCGGCUGCUCGCUUUUCGACUUGAUCAAUCAUGUUGAGCGGUAUUUAAUAUUUUGAUUGAUGCGCUAGUCGUUGCGAGCCAGCCAGCCGAUUCGAAGUUAUUCAUUAACUCACCUUAGAACAAUGUUGUCAAUUAUUACGUGUAACGAUAAGAUGAUUAUAGGGAUGGAGAUUAUAGAGAUAUGAAAGCAGACACACAACAUUCAAAAAUUAAUCAGGCAUAGUUACAUAACAUCGGUUUAUAUCUUGUAUAUCGUGAAAGUUGCAAGCUCGACGAGACGAUGAACCACCUUUACGGGAAACCUUUUUCGAAUUAAAUAUCAAGAGAUUUUAUUUUUACUCUUUAUUUGUUUAAUGAGCUCGAACAUACUUUAAAUCACUCUCAAAAAUUCUCUAAAACAAUAAUAAGUAAAUUCAUCUCGGAUUCUCAGAAUAGACUGCGUCACCGUAAACUAUCAUACAGAUAUAAUUAAUAACUUUCAAUAAAUUCGCUCACACGUAUCUGUGUAGCUGAAUAUCUCGCGCUUGCCACUUUUUACGAAUCUAAAAUAUUGCUGUCGAGAAUUAAAUACGAUUCAGACGGCAUGUCACAGAGCACGUGUUUUUUGAAGAGUUGAUACGAAUUCGUCUCGAUGUUUAAAAUUUUAGAUGUAUAGUUUUGUCUUGUAAAUUUGGAUGGUCCAUUCGUAAUAGAAAGUUAUUUUGUUUAAGUAAGAUUAUUAAAGAACGAUUCAAAUUCACUUCGGCACGCCACAUGCUACGUGUUUUGAAACAGUCUUUACGAAUUUCGAUGUAUCGAUGUAUAAAGUUUUAUAUGUACAGUUUUAUUUUGUAAAUUUGGUUGAUUUCUAUAAUAGAAAGUUCUUUUGAUUUAAGCAAGCUUACUAAAAGCAGAUUUACACAAUCACUUGUUUUAGUUCAAACAUUUUUUGAACAGUCUGCGAAUUUAUUUUAAUGUACAAAGUUUUGGAUGUACAGCUUUGUCUUGUAAAUUUAGAUGAUUAAUUCAUAACAAAAAGUUCUUUUUGUUUAAGUAAGAUUAAUAAAGGCAAAUUCAAAUUUACCUCGAUACAACACGUGCUUUUUGAACAGUCUACGAAUUUAUUUCUGUGUAUAAAAUUUUGGAUGUAUAGCUUUGUUUUGUAAAUUUGAAUGGUCAAUUUCUAACGGAAAGUUCUUUUGGUUUAUUUAAGACUACUAAAGGCCAAUUCAAAUUUAUAUUCUUUUUGAAUAGACCUUACAAAUUUACUUUGAUGUAUAAUGAUUAUGGGAAUAUAUUAGAACAAUGAUAAAACUAUUGGCAGAAGCAACUAAAGUAAAAUGGUCGAAUGAAUCGUGAUUUCUUCUGAGUUUAAAUUUCAUUGCGCAUCGGCGAAUAGUCGUAGUACAUUUUUACAAUUUAUCUUCUCAUUCAUAUUCUAAAGAAAAAAAAUGAAUUAUAUAUAUAUAUAUAUAUAUAUAUAUAUAUAUAUAUAUAUA